AUGCUACUGCCUGAUGAAUUAAAGAGCGAUGAAAAGCUAUCUAAUCUACUAUUAAAAACAUCUCAAUUUCAACAAACGCUGCCUUAUUGGGAAGAGUUGUUAAAUUAUCUAUUAUUGAAGGCUAGCCCAUUAAGUAAAGCUAUAAACCCUGAACUUCGAAGCCUAAUAAGGUCCACAUAUCAGUCGAUGUUAAUUCAGUUUCCAUAUGCUGAGAAUUACCAUAUUGACUAUGCUUUGUUUGAAUUUAAGCUAGGCAGCGUCUCUAAAAUGCAUAAAAUAUUCCACAGCGCAUUAAAUGAGGUCAAUAGCAGGUCAUUAUUAUUAUGGGUAGAAUACUUAAAAUUGUGCAAUGAAGUGGUAAUGAACGAUAAAGAUUUAUUUAAGAAGUAUGAGACAGCUGAAAAAUAUAUUGGCCUUCAUUUCUUUAGUGGUGAAUUCUGGUUGAUGUACCUUGAGCAGACUAAACAAAGAUGUAAGAUGCAGAGCCGCUAUGUUAUGCUACUACGAAAAAUUCUAGAAAUUCCUUUAUAUGACUAUUCUACCUUCUACAGUUUAUGGUUACAGUGCAUAAACGACAUCAAGGAUAUCUCCCAAUUAAAGCUUUUUGCACCUGAACAUGAAGUUUCCAAGAAGCUGAAAGUUGAUAUGAAUCUCAAGCAGAGGCGAGGAAUUCAAUUACAGGUUGCCAAGCUUCAAUUAAAGAAGAUAACGAAAGAACUAUACACUGUUGUACAGUAUCAAGUGAUGGAGAUCUACAACCUCUUUGAGAGCAAGCUCACCACCCAUUACUACACAUCGCCACAUACUUUGAUAAAAUACGAAGAGAUUGCAACAUGGUGUAAAUACUUAAAUUACACUAUUAAUACACAAAAUAUACCACUCAUUAAGGUGACCUUCCAGAGGGCAGUAACUGCAUUAUGUCACUACGAUAUCAUAUGGCUGCAAUGGGCAAAAUGGUUGAUUGAAACUGAGGCUGAUUUUGUAUCUGCAAAAAACGUACUCACCAAAGGCCUGAUAAUGAGCCAUAGAAAGGCGACUAUAUUUACAAGAUUGUCUCAUGUUAUGAUAAGGGCAGCUGAGUACGCGGAGUUGGAAGCGAUUUAUGAUACGGUACUUGAAACAUACAACAAUUGCAGUGAGACCAUGGACACUGAGAUGUUUAUCGACUACAUUCUCGUCACCCUGUUUUUAAAGACUCCUAUUAUUCGAAGUAGAUAUAAUACAGAUGAAAAUCGUUUGCUAGUUCCAGAACAGGUACUAGAUUCAAUUAUGAAACGAUUAGGUACUGUCAGUAAAGAUCAAAGCCAGCGGGUAUUACUAUGGCUACUAAGUCAGCUAUAUCAAAGAAUACCGAGAUCUGUUCUCGAAGAAAAUAUCUUUAAGAUAAUUAUUGCAUCCAAUUGGUCUCACUUUACAGAGCAUGGGUGGUUUUGGUACGAAUACUGUCAGAUGGUUUGGAUAAACUCUACAAAAUCCUACCUGGAGAAAAGAAGGUACAUAGUUAACGAAAUCUUACCAAAGGCGGCUAAUUAUAAGGUCGAAGAUGUAAAGAGAGGAGUAUUGAAAUUCAUGGAUAAUUAUUCUCCGGAAGAUUAUGAUGCGGUAGAAUUAUUAUUUAGAUAA